UUCGAAAGGAAAAGAUUAAACUUGGAGAUACAAGAAAACAAAUUCCCAAACUGGUGUAUAAAUCCAAAACAACCUAUUGUUAUUAAUGCAUCUCUAAUUUCUAUCUCUACCGAUGAUUCAUUUUCAUCAUCAAGUUGGUUUGAAAUGGAUUGUCCAAAUGUUGAAGCUUUAGUUCUUAAUCUCUCUUCAUCAAACUAUGCAUUACCAAACUUCAUUGCUACAAUGAAGGAAUUGAAGGUUGUGAUAAUCAUAAAUCAUGGUCUUGAUCCUGCAAAGUUAACCAACUUGUCUUGUCUCAGCUCUUUACCAAACCUGAAACGGAUCAGAUUCGAGAAAGUAUCAAUCAUUUUGCUUGACAUUCCCAAACUUGGUCUCAAGAGUCUUGAGAAGUUGUCUUUAUGGUUGUGUCACGUUGUUGAUGUUCUCAACGAACUAGAAGAAGUUGAUGAUGUUUCUGAAUCUUUACAAAGUCUACAGGAAAUCGAAAUUGAUUAUUGCUACAAUCUUGUUGAAUUACCAUAUUGGAUCUCUCAAGUUGUUUCAUUGAAGAAGCUUAGCGUUACAAACUGUAACAAGCUUUGCAGACUCAUAGAAGCUAUAGGUGACUUGAGGAACCUUGAAAUGCUGAGACUGAAUUCUUGUACUAGUCUUUUAGAACUGCCUGAAACGAUUGAUAGACUCAACAAUUUGCGGUUUCUUGAUGUUUCUGGUGGCUUCCAAUUGAAGAAACUACCUCUAGAUAUUGGAAAGCUCGACAAGCUUGAGAAGAUUUCGAUGAAAGAUUGUUAUCGAUGUGAGUUACCGGAUUCGGUGAAGAACCUAGAGAAUCUGGAGGUGAAAUGCGACGAAGAGACUGCGUUCUUGUGGAAAAGAUUGAAACCAAAAAUGAAGAAUCUAACGAUCACAGAGGAAGAGACAGAACAUAACCUCAACUUCCUUCAACUGUUUUAAGUCAAUUUGCUUUUGUGUGUGAGGUUUUUUGUAACAUUGAAAUAUAUUAUAUAUACACAG